AUGUAUGCUAUUGUUGUCACUGAUGGUGAACGAAUUCUUGGUCUUGGUGAUCUUGGUGCAAACGGUAUGGGAAUCCCAAGGAAUCUGAACGAUCCACUUUACAUUGGGCUUCGGCAUGAACGAGUACGUGGUGAAGAAUACGAUCGUUUGAUCGACAACUUCAUAAAAGCAGCAACUAAAAGAUUUGGCCGUGAUACACUGAUCCAAUUUGAGGACUUUGCCUUCACUAAUGCCUACAGAUUACUAGACCGAUACAAGGACGAGUACUGCGUCUUCAACGAUGAUAUCCAGGGUGAGUCGGUUUUCAAUACACAUGUGCAGUUUUACGGAAAGCUGAUA